AUGACAGCACAGAGAGGCCCGCGAGAGGCUCCCGAGUUGCCCCUUGGCGACGACCUGCUUGCCCUCGUGCUCGCCCGGCUGCCGCCAUCUGGGCUGGCGGCAGCUCAAGAAGUAUGCCGGCGCUGGGCCUCCGUGGUUGAUUCACACGCCUUGUGGCGCCGCCACGCCGAGGAGGCUCAGCAGGAUCUGGCCGGCGCGGCGGCGCAGCAGGCGAGGCGGCGGCAGGCGCAGCAGCAGCCCGCGUCACCGGCGCCUGCGCCGGCGGCGGCAGCAAGUCCUCCCAGCCCUCCACCAGCCGUCCCCUGGAAGCAGCAAUACCUGGAGGCUCGGUGGGCGCACGUGCUCGGCGCCCCACGCUCUCCGCUGUAUGUGCCCACCGUGCGCCUCGAGCGGGGCGUUCACACCGGCGCCGUCACCUGCUGCUCCGCGCUCGGGCCCCGCUGGCUGGCCUCUGCCUCCGCCGACGGCACGGUGUGCCUGUGGGAUGUGUCAGAAGGGACGCCGCGGGCCUGCGGCCGAGCGCAGCACCCCUCGCCGGUGCUCUACGUGCGCCUGCUGUCCCCAGGCACCGCGGUCAGCGCCUGCGCAGGCGCGGCCUACGUGUGGCGCCUCGAGGUCGGCGGGGGCGGUGAUGCCGCGACGGCGGCGGCGGCAGCGGAGUGCGCCAGCACCAGCGCCGCUGCUGGCAGCGCCAGCACCGCCGCUGGCCGCGGCGCUGCGGAAAGGGGCUGCAGCACCGCGUUCCGCCUCGUGCGGCGCAUCCCUCUGGAGGCGGCAGGCAGCGGCGGCGGGCCCCGCAUCCUGUGCGCGGCUGCCUGGGAGAUGAGCCUGGCGGCGGGCUGCUCCGACGGCUCCGUCCGCCUGUUUGACCUCUUCAGCGGCAGCUGCACCAUGCUGCUGCGCCCGCACCAGGGCGGCGUCACCGCCCUGUACCAUGCGCGGUACCGAGAGCUGGACCUACUGGUCAGCGCCGGCGGCGGCAGCCGGCUGCUCGUCUGCAACGCCGAUAGCACCCUGGAGCUAGCUGAGGCUUCCCUGCCGCACCGCAAUACCGCGGUGCGCUCGCUCCAUUUGGACCCGGCCUCUGGGCGGCUGCUGGCCGCCUGCCAGGGCCCUCACCACGCCCACCCCGUCACCUUCUGCUUCACAGCGGGGCGCCAGCUCAGCGCCCUGCCGACGCCCGCCCGCAGGCUGAGCAUGGCCGCCAACGCCAGGCUGCCGCAGCUGCCAGGGUUCCAGCCCAUCCUGGCAGGCCCCGCGCUGGCCGUCCCGCGCUACGGCAGCCCGUGCUUCCUAUUGGGGGACGCGCAGGGCAGCAUGCGCUGCUGCAACGCAGAGGUGGGCCUGCUGAGUACUGGAGCGGUGGUGCACAGAUACCAGCCUCUUCAGCAGCGGGCGGUCGGCCGCGGCGCAAAGCGCGCCCCCGGCGCGGGGCUCGCCGCGCCGCAGGCCCCCCGCGUGCCCUGCACCUGCCUCUGCGCCGACGGCCUGCCCGUUGCGGCGGGGAUGGGGGACGGCACCCUGCUGUUCUACAGCUGGCGGCGCAAGGGCGGCCCCUCGGACGGCUCACCGGAAGACUGCCCAGUCCCCUUGGGAGACUCCUCCCAGGAGCGGAGGGGGCGGGCGGCCGCGUCUGCGGCGGGCCAGGGGGCGGCAGCGCGGGCGCAAGCGGCGGCCCCGCCUCGGGGCCCCGCCUGCUAG